CACAAUGGAGAGUGGCAAACAGGGACUCACUCUGAAGAGGGAAGUGGGGCUUAUAGGAGCAGUGUCCUUCAUUGCUGGAACCAUGAUGGGAUCUGGGAUCUUCAUAUCACCCCAGUAUGUGCUCUCAGUCAUUGGGAGCCCAGGGGCCAGUCUUAUAAUAUGGACCUGCUGUGGGUUGUUAGCUAUGCUGGGAGGUCUCUGCUAUGCUGAACUGGGCACAAUCAUUCCAGAGUCUGGCGGAGAAUACAUCUACAUGCUGAGGACUACAGGCAAAGUGACAGCCUUUAUGUUUGUCUUCAGCUUCAUCAUUGUCAUGAAGCCUGUCAGUGCCACAGGGAUUGCACUGAGCUUUGGUGAAUACGUCGUGGCCCCUUUUUAUGAAGGCUGUAGUGUUCCACAGGGUUUGGUGAAGUGUGUGGCUGCAGGAGCAAUCCUGACCCUGUCUGUGAUUAACUGUCUCAGUGUCCGCUUGGCCACCCACAUCCAGGUGCUUUCCAUGGGAGUCAAAAUUCUGGCACUGGUAGUGAUCAUACUGGGAGGUUGUAUACUGCUUUUCCAAGGCAACACUGAGAACUUCAAUAACGCUUUUGAAGGAACAAAUGUUGGUGUCAGUACCAUUGGGAUGGCUUUUUAUCAAGGACUCUGGUCUUAUGCUGGCUGGUACAACCUGAAUUAUGUCACUGAAGAGUUGAAGAGACCAGAGGUGAAUCUUCCCAGAGCUGUUGUGAUCGCCAUAUCCUUGGUGACUGGUUUGUAUCUGCUGGUGAAUGUGAGCUACCUCACAGUAAUGACACCCACUGAGCUCAUGUCGUCCAAUGCAGUAGCAGUUACAUGGGGGAACAAGGUGUUAGGAAGUUGGGGCUGGAUCAUGUCUGUGGCUGCAGCUCUGUCUGCUUUUGGUUCACUGAACGGGACAUUUUUCGGUGGCAGCCGUAUGUGCUUUGUUGCUGCCAGAGAGGGACACAUGCCAGAAAUUCUCGCUAUGGCUCACGUGCACAGACUGACGCCGUCUCCAGCGCUGAUCUUCACCACCAUCAUUUCCCUGGUGGUGCUGAUCCCUGGGGACUUCCAGAGCAUUGUCAACUACUUCAGCUUCACAGCUUGGUUUUUCUAUGCCAUCACUCUGUCUGGACUCCUGUAUCUCAAGAUUAAGAAACCAGAGCUUCCCAGGCCGUACACCGUUCCCAUCAUACUCCCUAUACUGGUCCUUAUUGCUGCGAUAUUCCUUGUGCUGGCCCCCAUCAUAGACAGUCCUCAGAUUGAAUAUCUGUAUGUGGCUUUAUUUAUCUUCAGUGGAGUUAUAGUCUAUGUGCCGUUCAUCCAUUACAAGCUGUGCCCAGGCCUGUUGACCAAGCUGACAGUGUUCUUGCAGCUGCUCCUCAAAGUCGCCCUGGCAGAAAAAAACCUGUGAUUUUGUAAACUAAAAAUUAAAUACAAGCCCAGCCUUUCACAUCUGCUGUUUUAAGUAUGUGUAGUUUGCUCCUCUUGUAUUAGACAUUACAGGUUACAUGCAGUAGCUAAUCAGUGUUACCUCCCACUUUUUCUGUCUGUCGAAAAAGUGCCUCAGGAAGCAUUCGUACCUUAUUUCUAUACUCGAAUGUCACAAUCUGAUAUGUACUAGUGCCUAUUUAUGCACUGUCUACUUUAUACUGAUUUUUUUAGUCAAACCGGAAGAGUAAAUUAUUUUGAAAUAAAUUUGUAAUUACUUCAUGUUGGUUGACCUAUUUAUCCUGACUUUCAUUUAAAGUGACAGCUUCCAUCUUUACAAGUAAUGUAUGAAUAUGAAACAUCAGCACCAGGCUUUAUCUAUGAUUGUGACACUCUAGCAAGGGAAAAAAGUAAGAAGUAAUCAUUUUUUGCAUUUUUUAUUACUGAUGUC